CAACUUCGUUGUCUGCAAUACUAUCCCGUAAAAAAACAAAACAAACAAAAUUUGACCGAUUUGAAUCAAUAUUUAGAAUAUCCAGGUUAUUUUUAUGGAAGUCUUAUAAAUCAAAUACGUCAUUGCUGUGUAUUAGCAGCCGUUCAAUCAAAUAUGACAGCUCCUAGAUAUUCAUCAUGGGUUUUGGAACGUAGCACGAUUGGAGAGUGCCAUCGCCUGAGACUAGGCCUAAACAGUGUGGGACGGCACUCAUCUUCACUCAUUCGAAUAUUGGAUUCGCACUAUGUUUCCCGACACCAUGCUGAGGUCGAGGUGUCCCAAGAUGAUCAGUCGGUUACAAUCAAGGAUUUGAAUUCUGUCAAUGGAAUAUUCGUUAACAACACCCUGCAUAAGAGCUCAACGAUAACCCUCAAUAAAGGUGAUACCAUUGGUAUUGGCGUUUCCAUACAAUGCUCAGAAGAAGAUGAGCUAACACUACCCAUAUAUGAGUUAAAAUAUAUGCCAAUAACUAGGGCAAAAGGAGCGUCAACCUCAAAUUCAGCUCAAUCUGCGGUGCCGAAUAAAAGCAAUCAGGAGAGGGCAUCGACAAGCACGCAUGUAUCGGCCAGCAAACCUGUUGUUGAGGAAGCUAUUUUAAUAAUAAGCGACGAUGAAGAAGGAUUUGAGACCAAGGGAUCUGGUGGCAAAUCUGCAGCAAAUCCAACUGCUUCGCCCAACUCUAGACAAAUGACAAAUAGUCUCGAAUCUAAAGAUAAUCUUCCCAAACAAGGCAUUAAUGACAACAAGACAGAGGAUGUGCCAUCGAAAUCAUUACCUCCAUAUGAUAACAAUGUUAAAUCAUUUAGAAAUGAGGAUGAAGUGGAAAAAAAUGCUGCUAAAAAAGAAAGCGGAAUUCAAGAAAAUAGAAGUCAAAAUAAAAAUAAUGGAAAUCCCUCUGCUAUCACAGCCGGACCCGCCGCAAACGCACAAGAGAAUGACAAUGAUCCGACUAAGAUUCAUAUACCAAUAAUACCAAGUAUUAAACAAGAACUCAUACACUCAGUUUCUGCUGAUGUCAAGGACAUUUUUGGCGAACUGGAUGACGAACAGAAAAAUACUCUAAAGGAAAUAAACCCAAUGGUUUAUAAUGAUCUCAGUGGUCAACCUCUGAUACCAGCAACCCAUACGGAUAAUCCCAUUGUCAAUGGGGAGUGUAUAACACUGUUGAGUGAUGAUGACACAGCUGGCGAUGAGGAAGAGCUGGGAAUAUUGACUUCCACAUCAGCCACACGUGAAGAGAAUUUCAUGGAGGACACUAAACCUGCCAAACUGCCAAAUCCUCCCAUAUCAAAAAGUCCAAAUAUUUUCAAUACAUCCCUGAAUGAUUCCCUCGAGGAGGAUAAUUCAACGCAGAAGGCCUUGGCAGUACUUAAGAAUCACCUAAAUGCCCAAAAGAGCAAGGACAGCUCCGCGACCGUGGCCAAUGAUAAUGUUGACUUGGAGGAUUACACUUCGUACGAACCCCAUUCAGAUGAUGAAGACAUUGAAGAGUUUAUGUUUUCACAAGUGUUGAUAAACGAUAUGAAGGCCGAGUUGCAGGAUGAUUUUGACAAAGACAUUGAGGAGGAAGUGCCAUCUGCAGAUCAUCCUCAUGAUAAUGACCUGAAACUUCCCAUCAAAAUCAAGGAAGAACCAGAUCUGGAAAGAAGUGCCUCACUUUUAAACGAAUUGGAUAAUUCAUGUUGGGUCAUAAGUGACGAUGAAGAUUAUGACAAGGAACUAGAAACGAAAGUCUCCGGCUGGUCCAACAAAAUAUUUUCACAAAGUUUCAAUUACAAUAAUCAAUCGCAAGUCUAUGAUUUGGAUGAUAAUUUAAGUGAUGAGGAUGCUGAGGAAAUCGGCCACGAACAAGAUCCAAGUCAUGGAACUGAUCUGGACAAUGUUGAAGAGGAGGAGGAGGAAGAGCUGGCUCAUAUUGCAGAUCUAUAUAGUAGCGGUAAUGAAAUAUUUUCCACAGACCAAACGGCCUUGGGUGGCAUAAAAAUGAAAGAAUGUUCUGUCAGUCUUACAAGAUUAGAGCAAACAACAUCCACAAACAGAGAAAAAAGUCCUGAUGUUGAUAGAAAUAGAUUUCAAAGUCCCAUUGACAAUGAUUCUCCACUCAUACGACCAAGAAGGAAAAUCAUUAGCAAAUGCAAAGCAGUGGCAUCUUCGUCGUCAUCUUCGUCUGAAGAUGAAUUUGAGGGCGUAAAAAUGGCCGAAGUAAUAAACAAAGUGGCGGAAUUUCCAGCCCAAUUUGGUGGAAGUGCAAAUGAAGUGCAACAGACGAAAGGAAAACCAGUUGUAAGACCACCACCAGCCAUAAUAUCUGCACCCUCGUUGCCAAAACAUAAAGGAAAACUCAGGGGAGUCUCGGCCGAAAAGUCACCAACUAUUUUAAAACAUCAAAAAAUACCUGCCCUUUCGAAAAAACUCAAUUCCCUACGUGAACAAAUUCGACAUGAAGAAAUUAAUAAAAUUCUGAAAAAGAAAUGGACGGAGAAACCCAGUGUGGGUAAGAAACGUGACAAACAACGUAUGGAAAUGAUAAAGGAAUGUCGAAAGGACAGGCUCAAACAAUUGGCCGAAAAACAUCCAAGUCCGGCCAAGGAUAAUUUAAAACGUAAAAGCACCGCCAGCACCAGCAGUGAUCAUGCAGAUAGCAAAGCGAAAAAGGCCAAGGUUAAGGUUACUGAACAUAAUCGGGGUGCAUUUUUGGCACAAAAUGAUGUGGAGGCGACGACGUGGCGUAAAAAUGAUGUUGUAAAGAAAUCCUCGGCUACAUUUAAAAUACCCAAAGUUCCGGCAAAUCAUUGCGAAAUCUCAAAGAACAAGGAGCCACUUAAGCCACGUUCGAACAGCACAAACGAAACACCUGCCAAAAAAGACCCCAUAAAACGUUCAACAAGCAUGGACUGUGGCCUGACAACAUUCUCGCAGGAGAUUGCAAAACCUGAUAAUUUAUUGCUAAAGAAACCUGAAACUAAGCCAGGGAUACCAAGUCGGCGACUCUCGACAACGGCCACCUCUUGCAUAAACCACAAUUCCAGUUUCGAUAAGGACAAGGAAACAACUACCAUACCAAAUAGACGAUUAUCAACAACCUCUGUGACCCAUAAUCCGUUGCAUCCCUCAGAUACCCCUGCAGCCGUGUGUAAAGAAGCCUUGGCAGCUCGAGCCCUUAGAACAACCAAUAAAAUAACAUUUGCAUCCAUGGAGAAAAACCUAAUCGAAUCGGAGAAGAACAAGAAUAAACUUAAUUCCAUUUCAACGCAACGUUGUAGUAAACAGGAUGGAACUCUACUCAUCUCCAUACUCUCGCCCAAAAAAAAUCCCGCAAAGAAGAGGAAAACUGUGCGAUUUAAUGAUGUCCCAGUAAUACAUUACAUUGAACGGAUUAGUGGGGCGCGUAAAGUUGCCGCCAAAGACAUCUUACCGCUCAGCACCCACAAGGAUCGACGCCAGCUGAUCAGACGUACCUAUCCCAUUAUCGAUAAUACCGAUCAAAUUAUUACACAAAUAUUAACAUGGAGCGAUGAAUGGCUGGUAAAACGAAAUGCCGCUGUUGAUGCAGCCAGUGAUAUUGUCUAUCCAAUGCCAACACAAUUCAGUUCCUUUGAUCAUUACAAAAGCAUUGUCUUCCCCCUCAUGAAACUGGAAUUUGUUAGUCUAUUGGAACGGGAAUACAAUCUCACGUCGAAAGUGAAAAAAUACAAAGUGGCACUGGAGUAUGUGACGACCAAUGCAAAUCGUUUGAUGCUGGUAACCAAAUUUAACUAUCAAAAUCGCCAACAAUUGGAUAGCAGUAAAUAUGAUUUGGUGAUAUUGGAAUCGAAUAAAAUGAAUGCAAAUAUGUUCGGCUAUUUAACAUCGACACGUAAAGGGGCUGGUUCCUGCAGUACAAUGGUCUUUGAAAUUGUACCCAAAAAUAUUACCAAAGAUUUCUUUUGUGGCAUACAUGAACUUACCAUACGACCGGUCAUUGAUAAUGUUCGCGUUGAAUUUGGUGCCUUCAAUGCCGUCUAUCAAUUGCAGGCAACUCCACUGUUCAAGAAAAUACUCGAUCCCAUGGAAAUGCUGCAAUGUCGACAUCCGCCCAAAAAGAAAGUCAUCUAUCGCGGUUUCGAUCCCCUAAACGAUAAACAACGCCAAGUCUUGCUAAACACCUAUGUUCGCAUCAUUGAUGAGACAACGCCAAAUGUGUCGUUGCUACAGGGACCACCCGGUACGGGGAAAUCUUGUGUCAUAACAAACUUGGCGCUGCAAACGCUAUACGGCGAUGAAGUUCGCUGUAUGGAUAAGAAAAUUUUGAUCUGUGCCCAGAGUAAUGCUGCCGUCGAUGUAAUUGCUGGAAAGUUAUAUGACAUUAGUAUGCGAAUGAGGCCGGAAAUUCGUUUUCGUUUGAUACGCUACGGCUUGCAGGAUAAGAUAAAUCGUUUCGUUUAUCCGGUAACAUUGCAAGCCAUCAUCGAACAUGAACAAAUGAAAAAACUAAAGUCAACAAAUCCGGAAAUUCCAUUGGAGAAUAAGGAGAAUUUGAAGAAUCAAAUCUUGCAAUUGGAAGCCCAAAUUGCUGAGAUGUCGAAACGCAACAUAAAAGGUACUGUCGAAGAAGAUAUGCUAUUGGAGAAACAGCGGAAACUACAACUCAUGCGAAAUAUAUCGACACAAUUUACGAGGCCUGAAGAUGAGCGAAGUAUUGCCACAUGGUUUUUAAACAAUGCCAAUAUUGUGUGUGCCACUCUGUCCAGUUGCGUUAAGCUUGCCCAAUAUGUAAACUAUUUUGAUAUUUGCAUCAUAGAUGAAGCCACACAAUGUACUGAACCCUGGACAUUAUUACCCCUGAGAUUUGGUAUAAAUUCCCUGGUAUUGGUAGGUGAUACCCAACAAUUGCCCGCCACAAUAUUGUCAAAGAAAGCCAAUGAAUUGGGUUUGGGUACCUCGAUGUUUACGCGCAUACAAAACUGUUUGGACAAUUUACCAAGCACGGCCAGCGCUAGCAGCACGAGUGGUCUCAUAACCAAAGAUCACAUUAUAUGUGGCCUUCAGACCCAGUAUCGCAUGAAUCCGGAAAUAUGUAGAUGGCCCAAUCAAUAUUUCUAUCGCAAUGAAUUAAUCAAUGGUCGCAUCACAAUGGAAUAUAAAACUCCACUAAUGCCGUUUUCCGUUCUAAAUUUGGCCUAUACCCAAAAUGCAUCGUGUUCGAAUGGAAAAAUUACCAACAAUUUGGAGGCGGAGUUCGUGGCCAAACUCUUGAAGGCACUAGAUGGUUUUAUACCAAACAAAUACAAUAGCUAUGGUGUAAUAACACCAUAUGCCCAUCAUCGGACAACAUUGGAACAUUCCAUUAGAUCUCUUGGCUUAACAAACAUUAUGGUGAACACCAUCGAUUCGUAUCAGGGUCUGGAAAAAGAUGUCAUUGUUAUAUCGAAUGCCCGCACAAAUGGUAUUGGUUUCCUGUCCAAUCCGCAAAGACUUAAUGUGGCCUUGACACGUCCUAAAAAAUGUCUGAUUUUAUGUGGAAAUUUUAAAAAUUUAGAGGUCGUUCCGGCAUGGCGCAGUCUGUUACAGAGUGCUCGGGAGCGUAAUCUCUAUUAUGAAAUCUCUACAAAUUGUGUCAAUGACAUACAAACAAAUGUGAUCGAUAAAAUUAGAAUAAAUAAAAAGGAUUUAAAUACAAAUACAACAAAAACAACAACAACAGCAACAACAAACGAUACAGUUUAGAACUGUAUGCAACAAGACUCGUAUAAAAUAUACCUGAAUUUUUCUAUAGUCAUAAAGCUAACACCGUAGACAUACGUAAAUUACAUAUGCAUAUACAUAUAUACAAAACAAAAAUAAGAUUAAUGAAUUAAUUAUCUGUUUUUAUAUAUAAAUCUUUUUUAUUAUUAUUAUUGUUUAAGUUUAGAUGUAGUUUUUGUUUAUUUUCAUUCAUUAUCAGUUUUGUUAUUGCCAAAAAAAAAAAAACAAAAACGAGAGAGAGAA